UUUUCUUCACCGAUCAUGCUUUCUGAAUCUUUUAAUUGCCAUGCAGUUUCCUUGGGGUUGCCUCUUGUUCUUAAUUUGAAUGGUGAGUUACAGCUGAUGAUCAUCUGCUUCUUGCAUGUGAGCCGUGGCCUGGCUGCACAGCAAGGCAGAAAGCAGGCAGGUCUGGGACCCAGUGCCUUAUCCAGAGGCACAAACGGACACGGGGUCCCUUUCUCAAUUCCAUCCCUUGUCCAAGUGAACUCCGCGAAAACACCAGCCAGCCCACCUGGGUCCAUGGUCCCCAAAGUGAAGGAAAAAAUUCUGAAAUGCAGAAAGGCUUAUUUGCAGCCACAAAUGGGAAUCUGGAAUAACUAUGAAAAACACACUGAAAUAAUUGUGUUUGACUGGAACAAAAUUCUUGCAAAGUCCCCAAGGAUGAGAUUCUGUGCCAAAUCAAUGCUUCUAUCUGACUGGCUUUUUCUGGUCUAUGUGUUAAUGGUCUGCUGUAAAUUGUUGUCCGCCUCUAGCCACCAUCCCCGGGGACAUACAGGCCAGCACCAAGUUAAGCAAGGGACAUGCGAAGUUGUGGCAGUGCAUCGUUGCUGCAAUAAGAACCGGAUUGAGGAACGAUCGCAAACAGUCAAGUGCUCCUGCUUCCCAGGGCAGGUGGCUGGUACAACAAGGGCUCAGCCCUCAUGUGUGGAAGCUUCUAUUGUUCUACAGAAGUGGUGGUGUCAUAUGAACCCCUGUUUGGAUGGAGAGGACUGUAAAGUACUACCAGACUAUUCAGGUUGGUCUUGCAGCAGUGGAAAUAAAGUCAAAACCACAAAGGUAACACGGUAGCAAAGAAUAAACCUGUGGGUCACUACCAGCACAAUGGCACAUGCAGCUGUGUUGCUUGGCUGUCAGACAGACCCGUUUUUGUGAUGAUGCUAUUGACUUAAUUCUUUGAACUUA